AUGGCCCCAUCAGGCAAGAAGGGUAAGGGCAAGGCCGGUGGUAACAAGAAGAAUAAGAAGGGAAAGAACCAAGAGACGUCAGAAACCCCUGCGUCUCAACCUGAGCUUCCUGUUGAACAAGAGGAACGGCAAGAGCAACAAGAAGAGCAACAAGAAGACCAACUAGGUCAACAACAAUCAGAGGUUGAAACGGAGGCCACCUCUCCACUAGCAGAAGCAGAACACAUCUCUGACACUCUUCCGGAAUCUGCACCGGAGCCAGAGCCUGUGUCAGAGUCGGUGUCCACGCAAGACCCAGAACUGGAGCAACCACAACCUACGGUCGAGGAAAACUCGACCUCACUUGAAACUGAGAAACCCUCCGAGUCUCCAAUCAGCCCCAACGAUGGUGAUGGUUUCGCCCAACCCGCAACAAGCCCCGAUCCGUUCAGUCAAGAGCCAAGCGUAAACGAUGUGCAGAAAGAUUCCCUUGAAGCUCCCGCGGAUUCGAACUGGGAGGAAUUAGAACCAUCCGAGCCAUCUGCUGAUAAGGUCGAAGCGAAUCAGGAGCACAACGACAACUUUGAUGGACAAAGUGGCACUGCAGAACCCACCGAGACACCAGUCACUGCUCCGCAGAGUCCGGUGUGGCCCUCGGCACCGAAGUCACCGUCGUUGACAGAAGCUCAAAACAUUGCGGUCUCCCCUCACACGAACGUUGAACCUCUGGAAACCGAUUCACACGGUUUCGCUCCGUCUAACCCGUUCUUCGAACCUCCUGCCACCUCACCCGUACACCAAUCCACCCCACUUGCUUCUAAACCCGCCUCACCCGAACCACCGUUUGCUACACCUACAUCUCCAACAUUCAAGUCUACUGAGCCCGAGCCCGAGCCCGAACCUCAAGUUGCAUCAUCUCCCCCAGAGACCGCUUCACCGACCUUCAAGGCCGCCUCUCCUGAACCACGAACCGCCUCUACACCGCGCGCUAUUUCGCCCGUGCAGCAAAUAGGUUCGCCAGUUUUGAAACCCGCUGAGCCCGAGUCUCAAGUUGCUUCACUUCCACAGGAGGCUACAUCGCCGGCCUUGAAGCCUGUCCAGUCUGUCGAUUCAGAGCCUCAGCUUGCUUCGCCUCCGCUGGAAAUUGAUACGAAGCAGUAUAAGCCUGCCUCGCCCGAGCUUCAGACCGUGCCAACAGCUCAGACAGGAUUGCCCGCAUCUCGACCUGCAUCCAGACCUGCGUCUCGCACUACCUCUCGUGCUGCAUCCCGGCCUUACUCGCGAUCCGUCUCACCGCUGCAACAGGCUGUCUCGUACCCCCCACCGGAAGCUUUACCCAUGGAGCAGCCUGCCCCAAUGAUGGCAGACGUUGCCUACCCGAUGGAGCAAGAACCCUCCCCGCCGCAGGAAUACUCCUCCCCCUAUCAUCCAGCCGCUAUGUCGCAAGCGGCUUCACCCUUCCAAAAGACCAUCUCCCCGACAAUGAAGCACAGCUCCCCAGUGCAGAACAUCUCUUCUCCCAAAAUCAGCAGUCCGCUUGCGCGUGCCGCCUACAUGUCUCCGGUGAUGUCUCCCCAUGGCACACCGCCCGCUCCGCCUCCCCCGGUCCCCAGUGCACCUCCUUCGGUUGCACCUAGCUUUGCCUCGGCGUACCACUCUCCGAUCAUGACCUCUGCUGGGUACAUGCCACAGUAUGCCUAUUACCCGCCUCAUACCCAGCCCACUCCUCGAGGAUCUAUGGAUCCCAACUCGGCCACGUCUUUCCAGGCCUUGCGCGAUUUGGGAUUCUCCAACGGAAAUGGAGUCAAUCCCAAGGGAGCCAUGUCGCCUCCCGAGCACCACGACGAGCCAAUUGAACUACUGCAAAGGAUCCAGGACGCCAUUCCAGACAUCAACCGACUUCUCGGCAGCUACAAGAACACUAAGGGCAAACUGCAAGCCCGCGAGGUGGAGUUCAAGCAAAUGGCAACUCAGCACGAGCAAGCAUUGAUGCACAAGGAUUUCUACAUCGAGGCGCUGCAAAACCAGAUGAGAAAGACGGCGAAUGAGAGCGCGGAAGAAUCCAGUCGCCUGAAGAACACUAUCAAUGAGCUCCGCAUGGAAUUAGGAAACCUCGAGGAGAAGCGCAAGGAUCUUGAGGAAAGAUUUGAAGAUUCCGAGAAGGCCAAUGAAGAGCUGUCGCAGUCGAAUACCGAUCUGGAAGGGCAGGUCAAGAUGUUGAAUGCCGACAUGCAGGAAGCGCAAGAAACCCACGAAAAGGAACUGGAGAAGCGCAAAGAAGAGCAGGCCGAAGCGUUGGCGACGCAGAAACAAGAGCUCACGGAACUGUUCGAGGAAAUCAAGGCCGAAGACGAGAGAACUGCGGCGGAGGCCUUGGCGAUCCGCGAAAAGGAAUUGCUUGACCAACAGGACGCAAUGAAGGCGGAGUAUGAGCAGGAGAAGCAGCAAAUGCAGGAAUCCUACGACACUCUGCAAUCGGAAUAUGACACCAAGGUGACCGAGUUGGAGUCGACCAGGACCGACUUGGAGAACAAGCAACAGGAACUGGAAAGGACUCGAGAGCAACACGCCAAAGAAAUCGAGGACCUCCAAGCCACUCAUGCCGACGAAUUGAAAUCUCUUACGAACAGCCACAACGAGAAGGUCGCUGAGAUGGAGAGCCAGUUCAGUGAAAAAGAGCAACAAUGGGCCGACGAGAAGGCCGAUAUGGAAAAACAGUACUCAGACAAGUGUGAGGAACUUGCCAACUGUGAGCACGAGAACAAGAAAUUGGAGGAGGCCGGCGUCGUCAAGGAGAAGCAGCUCCAGCUUGCCGUGGAAGGCAUGCGCACCACUAUUGACAACCUGGACAAUGACUGUGACCGGUUGAGGAAAACCUUGACCAGCCUUGGGGAAGCUACCGACCUCAAGAGCGCGAAGGCCGAUUCAUUCUUUUUGGACUGCUUCGGCCAGCUUUCUCGUCUUAUCGUCUCCUUGUCCAAGGAGCACUUUGCGUACCUUCCAAUUGAUCCUCCCAAGGACAUUCUCUCUAAGAUUCCAUCAGAACUGCCAUCGUUCCUUGAUAAUACUCCGGCAUCGCGCGAGUUGCGAGCUGCGUACGUGCAGCACGUCGUCUCGAAGACUUUGACCUACCGCAUCUUCCACCCGUUCCUGUUCACGUUGGGUCGAAGAUACGACAAAGCAGACACCUUCUUCCAGCUUCUCUCUAUGGAUAUUCGCCGCAAGUCCGUGAGGCGCGAGGCAUUCUGGCGGCAGCAGACCCUGAAGGCUGCGUAUACGACCUCAGAUGCCAAGCAAUCGAUCAACGUCGUGGCCGCUGUGAUUGUCGACGAGAUCACUAACCACUUGAAGCAUUUCGCUGAUCCGCGUCACUUGGAUACGCUCGUUCUUGACGUACGGAAGAUCGUGAAGCUGGCCGCGGAGACGUGGCGACUUGCUCGAGUCGAGCGGGAGCUCAUCCUCGCAUCGCUCCCGGCCCCCGAUGCGGACGGAGUUUCUAACGACGACUGGGAGGAGUACGGAACGGCUAAGGAAGGGACCUUGAGCUCCAAGAACGACCCCACUCGCCAUGUCAUUCUCCGUACUUUCCCGCGACUUAUGCGAGAGGCAGCCCACGAAGACUUCGCCGAAGACCAAGAACGAGCCAGCCCGUGCACCUACUCCCGAGGCGGCAUUCUCUACUCUGACUCUCCCGUCGUGAUGGCCCGACUGCAAGAACUGGCAAAGAAGUCCGCAGAUGCAAAUGGGGACAGUGAUUACGUUCGAGUUUGA